GUCACAACAAAACUCUUCACUGGAUAACAAUGAUACUGAGCUGCGACACCGAAAUGUCGACUUUGACGUUGACGGCUCUUGUUUGCGCCAUUUUGCAUUCCGCGAUGGGUAGCGAACUGGUGAGCCGCGACCAAGUCAUGGACUUGAUGCGGAAUUUGGGACCGCUGCGAGUUGAUCUACCCCACGGAAAGUUGAUUUUCGCCGGGAAUCCCAAAUGUGCUGACGGAUUGGAGUUCGAUCCUCGGACCGGCUUCUGCGUCGAUAUAAAUGAAUGUGCUCGUGGCACGCAUAACUGCAGUCACGCUGCUCUUUGCGUGAACCACGCCGGUACCUUCGAGUGCGCGGAUCCCGGACGGAGACCCCUGAAAUGCGCGAUCGGUUACAAAUACAACUGGCACCUCGACGAAUGUCUCGAAAUCGACGAAUGUUACUCGAACCCAUGCGAGCGAGAGUUUGUGUGCAUCAAUCAACUGGGAGGAUUCCAUUGCAUGAGCAGAAACGAUCCCAGCUGCCCCACGGGUUAUCAGUUCCGUCCCGGUCGCGGCUGCUUAGACAUCGAUGAGUGCAGAAAAUCCCAUCACUGUGAGAACAAUGAGCAAUGCGUGAAUCUCCAAGGCUCUUACAUGUGUGUUCACCCGUGUCCCAAAGGAUUCCUCAUGAUCCCAUUCCAGUGGGAAUGCAUAGAUGUCGACGAAUGCCAGGAUGAGACGGACGAUUGUGCUCCAGAGGGGGAGGAAUGCAUCAACACGCACGGGGGCUUCAAUUGCGAGAAACUUCGAACAUGAAAGUCUUCGCGAGAAGCUCUGGCCCUUCCUUUCGAGCAAUGAGUAAUUC